AUGGCAGGUCCAAUUUACGACUUCAUAAUCGUAGGAGGCGGAACAUCAGGUUGCCUCCUCGCGCACCGGCUUUCGCACUCCCCCUCCCAGCCGUCCGUCCUCCUCCUCGAAGCUGGAUCAAAACCCACAGGCGAAGAACUUCAACCACCCUUCUACCGCUACAUGGCGCCCGUACUGCGCCCCGAUCUCGACUACGGCUACGCAUCGACGCCGCAGACGAAGCUCAACAACCGCGUGAUUCCAUAUGCGAGGGGGAAAGGGCUGGGUGGGAGCUCUGUGUUGAAUUUCCAGGUCUAUCUGUAUGGGUCUGCAGAGGAUUACGAUCGAUGGGCGGAACUUGUUGGGGAUGAAAGCUGGGGUUGGGACUACUGCAAGGAGAUGUUUAAGAAGAUUGAGAACUACGAGUUUGAAGACGCGACGAAGGGGUAUUGGGAGUUCGCGAGACCAGAGGCUGGUGUGCAUGGGACACAGGGGAACGUGAAAGUGUGUUUGCCACCGGUGCUUGAGAAAGGAAUUGAGCCAGUCAUGAGGGCUGUUGUGGAAGAAGGCGGAGAGAAGAUCAAUUUGGAUUUUAACAGUGGAGAUCCUAUUGGGAUUGGUGUUUUUCCGAAUUCGACGUCCAAGGAGGGACGCACGACGAGCGCGACGGCGCAUCUGGUGGAUGCACCGGGGAAUCUGGAAAUCUGGACUGAUGCGGUGGUGCAAAGGCUGGUGUUUGAUGGAGUGAAGGUUGUUGGAGUUGAGACUGCGGAUGGGCGCAGAGCAAAAUCUGGGAAAGAAGUCAUCAUCUCCAGUGGCGCGAUAGAUACACCACGACUGUUAUUGCUCAAUGGGAUCGGCCCUGCUAAUGAGCUUGAAGCGCUGGGGAUAAAUGUAGUUCAGGACGUGCCGGGUAUUGGGAAGCACCUGCAAGACCACGUAAUGACGUUCAUGAGUGUCGAAACGAAUGGAGACCAAAACGAACGAUGGGCCUUCCAGGGUAAUGAGCAGUUGGUAGCAGAAGCCAAAGCCAUGUGGCAGAAAGAUCGCACUGGAAAUUUUUCACUUCACAGCAGUGUCCUUUGGGGAGGUUUCUUGAAGCUUCCCGGGUACGAGCAGUACUCCGAGUAUCAAGCGCUGGAUAAUGAGUGGCAAGAGUUUCUUGCAAGAAGAAGAGUGCCAUCCUACGAACUCAUGGGUUCUUGCUUGCUCUGGCCACCAGACACAGUGUUGCCAAAGGACAGCAGCUACAUCACCGGUAACGUAGUCCUGCUGAACCCUCAAUCUGAGGGAUCGAUCAGUCUGCGUUCGGCAAAUCCAGAAGAGAAACCGAUCAUCGACCUCGCUUUCCUCACCCAUCCCUACGACCGCCGGGUCUUGCGCGAGGCUGUUCGGGAGACAUAUAUUAAACUGUUCGAGAAUCCCGAGGUGAAAAAGCACAUCAAGAGGCAACUCUGUGGACCAACCAGUUUAUCAGAUGAGCAUGUAGACGAGUUCAUACAAGAAGCCGCGACGACCGUCUGGCAUGCGAACGGGUCGGUGAAAAUGGGCAAAGCAGACGAUAAGCUCGCCUGUGUUGAUUCCCGUUUCAGAGUGCGAGGCGUUGAAGGACUUCGUGUGGUGGACUGCAGUGUUUGCCCUUUAACAACCAACAACCACACUCAAACAACUGCAUACUUGAUAGGGCAGAAAGCCGCCGACACAUUGUUUGCAGAAUACGACUUGGGGAAGAGCCAUUUGCGGUUGUAG